AUGAACCCUAACGAACCCCCUAUCAUAGAUUUCGCCCCCUUCUAUACCAACAACUCAAAAGACCUCACCGACCAAAUCAAACAAGCAUGUGAACAAUUCGGCUUCUUCCAGCUAAUCAACCAUGCCAUCCCAACCGAACUCCAAACCGCAGUUCUAAAACACUCAAGCGAAUUCUUCAACCUCACCUUGGAAACAAAAGAGAAAUACAACCAAGCCAUCGACGGCUUCAACCGCGGCUACGAGCGCCUCCGCUCCCAAAACUUCGAAAAACGCACAAAAGGCGACCUCAAAGAAGGCUUCUAUCUCGGAAAAGACCUCCCACUCGACAAUGAAUACGUCCUCCAACGACGCUUCGGCCACGGUCCGAAUAAGUAUCCCUCCGAACUCACUGACGCACAGGGCUUCCGUCGCGUCAUGGACGAGUACCACGACGCCAUGAUCGAGCUUUCUGUAUCCAUUAUGCAAGUUCUAGCGCGCACGCUGGGUCUAGAUGACGAUGCGUUCGGGGAUUUCUGUGAUCAUCCCGUUUCCAUCCUUCGACUGCUUCAUUAUCCGCCGCAGGAGGUUGAUGCCUCUGGUCUUGAGAGAGGAAUCGGCGCUCAUACGGAUUUCGGCGCUAUCACGAUGCUUUUGCAGGAUGAUGCGGGCGGGUUGCAGGUUUGGAAUAACCUCUCGUCUGAAUGGGUCGAUGUCACUCCUGUUCCUGGGGCUUAUGUUGUGAAUUUGGGGAAUAUGAUGAUGCGCUGGACGAAUAAUCGAUACUUGUCGAAUUUGCAUCGGGUUAUUAAUACCAGUGGGAAGGAACGGUUUAGUGUUCCGUUCUUCUUCUCUGGGAAUCCGAAUUAUACUAUUCGCUGUCUUCCCGGCUGUGAGGAUGAGGGUGCGAAAUAUCCCCCGAUUACUGUUCAUGAGUGGAUGACGGGGAGGUAUGCCGAUACUUAUGGGACUUCGGAGGGGAAGGCUAUUGGAGAGAUGCGCAAGGAGCCUGGCAAAGAUGUGUAA